GGCGUGCCGUCCCGGAGUCUGCGCACCGCUGGCGUGACGUCCCGUGCCGGUUCCUUCCAUUCCUCCCUCCCCUCGUGUUCCUUGCCCUCUGUAACGGGACGCCCUCGAUGGUGUGAUUGUAGGACGGCGAUACUGGUUCCGUUGUCCCUGAGGCCGGGAGAGGAGCGUGACCAGCCGGAGUGAUGGGGAGCUACCCGAAUGUAAAAGAAUGGGUUGCAGCAAUUUCACUGACAUUUGGAGCAGCUGCUGUUGGUUACCUCGCCUACAGAUCUUUAUAUUCCAAAGACAAGUGCCGCAAAUCAUUGGUUAAUCUAGACAUCCAGAAGGAUACCCCUAAAGUCGUGCAUGCAUUUGAUGUUGAAGACCUAGGAGAUAAAGCAGUGUAUUGUAGAUGCUGGAGAUCUAAACAGUUCCCAAUGUGUGAUGGUUCUCACACCAAACACAAUGAAGAAACUGGAGACAAUGUAGGGCCAUUGAUAAUCAAAAAAAGAGAAGUCUGAUCUUGGAUUUCGAUGACCAUGGAAAAAUAACUGCUGCUCUAAGACCGAAUAACUCAAAUGUGCCCAAUGUCUCAAACCACAGACUAGUUACGAUUUAAACUCUUUCACGCUAUCUGCUUCUCCAGUCGACCCAUUGCACGUAUUCAACACCAUCCUUUUUUAAAAGUAUAUAAAUAAAACCCAUCCAAUACCCUUCUUCAAAAUAAGCCCUGUCUUUAGGAUGGAGAGAUGAACAGUUUUGAAAUCAUCUUUCAGAAUUCAAACCAUUUAACAACAUUUCCUUUGUGCAUUUUCUUCAGAGCAAAUACUCUUGUUGCUCUUUGCUUAAUUACUUUAAGCCAUGAAUCAGUUUGAUCACUUUUUUCCUCCAGUGUAUUUGAAUGCAAGUAAUUUAUACAGCUACAAUUCUUUAUUUACUUGAACCAGUAAAACAUGCGUGUUUUAGAAUGUACUUGAGUACUUGCUUAUCUGGAAAUGGGAAAUAGCAGGGCAAUUUGAAACAAGUAUGCUUGGUAAUUUGUAAAACAGUGUUUUUGUAUGUGCUCAUAAAUGUAGCAACUGGAUAAAUGUAGAAAGUUUUUUUUGUACCAUGUAAAUACUUUUAGGUAAGAAGUCAAUUCUCAGUCAACUUCCAGUUUGGAAGAUUAUAAACUGGCCUUAUGGCAGAGGGAAGUCGUAACUCUGAUUACUUUGCUCUUGAAGAUCUUUUCAUUCACUAAAGAAGUAUGUAUUUCCAUGUUUGAAAGAAUGGUAGUCUGAAUGAGCACAGUUUACAAAAAUGCAGUCUUCUAUUUAAGACUGGAAUGAAGAAAAUCUUUUUCUGUUAUGAAUCUCUGUCUUCACUGCACUCUGGAGGAAGAGAGUUUCAGAGUCAUUGAAUGUUUUUAAGGCAAAAGUGAAUAGGUUUUUGAUUAAUGGGGAAGUUAAAGGUAAUUGGGAAUAAGUGAGAAUAUGGAGCUGAGGCUCUAUGGGAUAAUCUCAUUGAAUGGCAGAGCAGUCUCAAAGGGCUGAACAGUCUCCUCAUUCAUGUAUCCUUAUCAAUACUCAUGCUUUUAAUUUCCCUGCAUCAUUAACUAUCUUGAUCGUUCUGCUCAUCACUGUUUUAGGACACAAAUCCAUACACUAGUCUCAAACAACUUUGCUCAUACUGUGUGAGCACUGAUUUUUCUUUGCUUUAUUUAUUUCUCAGUUUAGAUUUGUAACUACUGUCAAUGUAAACUUCCAUGGCAAAGAAAGUCAAAUUCCUUUUGAGGGCAACUGGGUAGUCUAGUGGUUUUACAAUCCAGAGAAAUGAAGUGAGAUGCUCUGUUAUCACUUUUUUUAAAAAAUUCAACUGAAACUCAAAUUGAAGAGCCUGGUAAUAUGGGUUUAGGUUAUCAGAGAUAAUGGGAACUGCAGAUGCUGGA